UGGAGUGCAGACGCAACCGCUGUGCCGCGCGCUCUCGCCUCACACUCUCUGGGGGUGUUCCCGACGUUCACCUGCUCGGCACGUGUGUGUUUUGCGCGACCGCCUGUGUUCCUGCUUGCUGUUCCUUGUUCUCGGGGAUUGUGCUUUCUGUGCUCGCAUGGUCGUCUGGUAUCGGCGAUUCUUGAUUUAAUAUGACGGCUUGGUCGGAGUGAAGGGAACGGUCAACGUCAGUGCGUCAGAUUAGAGCAUCUCUGGCUGACAUGAGGAUUUAUGGAUGUCUUAUGACAGAGUGGAGAAGGACCUCAGUGGGUACUGGCUAAUAUUUUCUGGAAAGGAAUAUAUUUGCAGGUAUAAUGCUAUAUAGAAUAUAUAGUUAAAAAAAUAACAUUGGUUGCACAGAAUACAAAACUUGCCCGUAAGGAUUAUAAAAAUCUCGACGCGACCUGUUUCAGCGACGGAUUGACCGCGUUAAUGAAGUGACAUAAGCUGACACACCAACAAGAGAGGCGACCUCAGGUGUGUGUGUGUGUGUUUGUGUGCGCUCCCGAACUCCUUUUUUGUUUGGUGCCAGAGGAAAUACCGGGAAGACGACAUUAGUAUUCCAAGAGUGGCGUCAGGAUACCAGUACUCUACCAGGGCCUCACUGCUGCUGGUGGCCAAGGAACUCGGCAACUUGGACCUGUCAUGUUGCCGGUGUCCACACGCUGCUGCGCCGAGGAGACAAAAAAAUCUAAACACUAGCACAUAUAUCAUCCAGGCACGAGGCAGAGUAAAGCAAGGGCAUAAAGAAAUAAGAGAGUGAACCUAUAAGAGAGAUAGUAAAACUAGAACAUACAGUUAUUCCCCUGGAGGUGGUCAAGCCAACGAGAACAAUUUCAUAAUUAUAGCGAGAAGAUUGCAGAAGAGAGAAGCUUCGAACACCCAGAUCAGAGGAGACUCCGCCACUUCCAGAACCGCCAGAGGAUGUCGGAAGUGUUACGAGACGUCUGCUAGAUCACAGUCCGACGGCAAUGGCUCCUGUCGAGGGAGCAGGUCUUGCAGUGAGCGGGCGUCGUCCGUCCGCGCCCUCCCCCUCGCCGCCCCGCCCCGCCCGCGCUGAGAGGGAGAUCAGAGCGACGCCCUUCAAGAGGAGCAGGUCAAGGGUCUACUAUGCCUCGCAGACCUCAGACAACUGGCAGCCGAAUGACGGCGGCGCAGCCAAAGACAAGUCGGUCAGGCGCAACAUCAGCCUGAGUCCCACUCGCGGCUCCUCCUCGAGCGCCGGCAGCGCGGUCGUCACGCCCAUCGCGAAGACGACGCCCGCUGCCAAAAGCGUUUCGGCCUCGAGGAGUUCGGCCAGAAGCGCCCCGGCGUCUCGGUCCGGGUCAGCGCGCAAGGCGAGCGCGGGCUACAAGGAGCCCGCCAUCCUGGAGGUCUCGAGCUCGGGGGAGGAGGUGGGCGAAGGCGAGGGCGAAGGAGAGGCCUCCUCCCCCCUGGGCUCCUUCAGAGGCUCCCUAAGGGGCUCCCCCUCUCACCGCUCGCAGGACUCCGGUUACUCUGACUCCGGGGAAUCCAACGCCCACAACGACAGCGAUGGGUCUCCAGCGACGCCCCCGAACGUGAAGCACAUCACGCGCGUCUACUUCGGGGACAGCCACGACCCGGCGCGCCUCUACAACGACAAGAUCGUCUGCUCUCCUGAGCUCAAGGCAGGCAAGGUAAGCUCCCCCAGCGGCAGCCCCGCCAGCAUAGCCUCAGAGGCGUCCUCCGGAAGCAGCGGCAGCAGCCCCGGCGAGCGCCGUGCGGCCCCCCUCGAGGAGCUCGCGGAGGAGCUUGAACACAAAAGCCUUCUGGAAGCCUCGGCGGCUGCGGCGGCCCGACGCACCGGCGCCGUCAGAAAGAGAAGCACGAACGCAGGCUCCUCUUCGGCCUCGGACGCCGCGGCCAACAAGAGGCAUUCGCGGAGGAGCAGCAGCUCUACUGUGCUCUCGGAGCCUCGGCCAGACGCAGCUCGCCGCCCCGCUCCUCUGAGGGCCAGGAGGCGCUGGUCUGCGGCAGACCUGCAGCAGCAACAGCCACACCAACUGCAGGAGGACCAGAGGCCGCGCAGGCAGCAGCCGUCGCCUGCAGCGCCUCCCACACACGCCUCGCGAAGCACCAGCACCAACGACCUGCCGUCGAGCGCUCGCGCGGGCGUGACCUGCUCGCUCGACGCCCUCGACGACCCCGUGCCGGCGUCGCGGGUGGCGGGCGAUUGCGACACACACCCCGAGGCCCUUCCACGCCUCUACGACGCCCUCCCACGCCCGCGAGACACACACGCCACCGCACCACGCCCGCAUCACGCCCGACGCCUCAAAAUACAUCCGGCUGCCAUCGCCAAGGAGAUGAGGAACGGAUCAGUGAGCCAGUGGUUAUCAGAGCUCCGAACUCUGUACGAAGCUGAAUGCAUGAACACACUGCAGUCGAAGUCGGUGCCAGGCGAGUCCGGACGCCGCGGCCACUCUUUCCCCUCGACCCGCGACGCCGUCCGGGCCAUACAGCGUCGAGCGCACGCCGUGUCGACAGAGUUCGCGAGACUUUGCCAACGCCUGGAGUGGCUGGAGCUGGACCAGGUGCCCGUGCUGGCCAAGUCCCUGGUGUGUCACAUCAACACUUUCCUGAAGGACUACACUACGCAGUGGACGUCGGCCGAGAUAGACUUUCAGCCGCAGUCGUCGCUGGGUCGCCAGAGCAAAGUCAUCGAACAGAUCUGCCAACGACUUACGGACGUGUGCAGCGACGACCACACGCGGGAGGCGGACGAGCAGGAGACGACCCGGCAGGUGGUGCAGGUGGUGACGGCUCUCGGCCACGCCUUCACCAAGCUGGUCGACCUCAUGCUGAGCCGCGAGAUCAAGGUCGUGGUAGCGGCGCUGGAGGAGCCUCGCGGGGAGAAGGAAGUGAGCAGCGCCGUGUCACACCUGACGGCGCUGGGAGUCGACGGAGGCCACAUCUGCCGCCUCAUCGCGCGCCUGGGCGGCGUCCGCGCCCUGCUCAGUCUCUGCCUCGAGCCGAGACUGCGGCAGGUGAGGGUGGCCAGCCUGAGGGCGCUCGCUACCGUCUGCUGCGUCGUGGAGGGCAUCGUGGAGCUGGAGAAGGCGGGGGGCGUGGAGGUGGUGGCGGAGGUGCUGUGCGACGAGGAAUGCCCCGAGGAGGAGCGGAGCGAAGCGGCGGGCGUGCUGGCGCAGGUCACGUCGCCCUGGGUGGAGGACAACCACCGCCUGGCCGGCCUCCACGACAACAUGGACGCCAUCGUCGCCGCCCUCACAGGCCUAGCGGAGCGGACGCGAUCGGCGGAAAUCUUCCUGCUCGCCUCCGCCGCUCUCGCGAACCUCACCUUCCUGGACGGGGGCUGCGUGGGCGCCAUGAGAAGGGCCGGCACCGCCCGCGUCCUGCUCAGGGCCGCCCGCGGGAAUCCUUCCAUUUCCAUCUUCACCAAAGACCAAAUCGCGACGGUGCUGGCCAACCUGGCGGGGUCUCGCGGGGCGGCCGAGGAGGUGGUGGCCGCGGGGGGCGUGUCCGUGCUGCUCGCCCUCCUCAACACGCGCCCCGCCCCCUCGCACCGCCUGCCGGAGGUCGCCACGGCGGAGCGCGUCCAGCAGAAGUCCGCCAUCGCUCUGUCCAGGCUGUGCGGAGACGCCGACGUCGCGCGGAAGGUGGCGCAGCAGGGGGGCGCCGAGCGUCUGGUGCAACUGUGCAAGGACGAAGGGGAGAGGAACCAGAGCGACGCGGUGCUGGUGGCGUGUCUGGCAGCGCUGAGGAAGAUGGCGUCUUCCUUAGGAUCAGACGAACUGCGAGACAUGGACGCCGCAGAGUUGGUGGAGCCGCGUCUUCUGGAUUCCUUCCUCACCUACUCUUCUCGGCAGGAGAGUUACGUGUGAGGAGGGAGGAGGAAGAGGAGGAGGAAACGCCUGAGGGAUGGCAGAAGGAAGGAAGGAAGGAGGGAAGCGAAUGGAAGAGAAAGAAGGAAAUGGAGGAAUUUUCUGGCAGUGAGGGAGAAGGAAAGGAAUGAGGAAAUGAGAAAAGG